UGUGUGUAUGUGUGUGUGUGUGUGUGUGUAUGUGUGUAUGUGUGUGUGUGCCAGAGAAAGCUAGAGACAGAGGAACAGAUUGCUCGCUGGAGAGGAUGGCAUCUGCUCGGAAGGGAUGCUUAGUUACUGUGGAUGGAGAGAAAUAGCAUCUUUGACGUCAGGAAUAAACGAUUGGUCUCAUCCGGGUUCCCCUCCUGGUGUUAUUUGUGCGCACCCAUCUCUGCCCUGGCGCUACUUUGAGCGGAGUUCUCCCUGUUGCUGCGCACCCAGCGCUAUCUAUUCGGAGGGUCUCCAUUGCUGCUGCCCACCGUUCCCCCCCUCCCUCCUUCUCUCCACAGAUCUCCGGGAGGGGAGGCGGAUCUGCGACAUCCCGCAGAAUGAUUUGGACUGAUGAAUAUUUCAUGGUCUCGGAAUGGAGAUUGCUUUGGUGAGUUUGGAAAACGGAGCAGCCCCAGCUCUAGUUGGCACAGGGGAGGAUGCAGGCUCUGCCAUGGCAGCCAAUACCUCUACAAACAGGAGAGAUCUGCUCCAGAUCCCCAGGGCAACAUCUUGGCUGAAUGAUUACAGCCAAGGGAGGCAAGAAGAAGGCAGUGGGGAAAGCUGCCAGCAGCAGCAGCAGCAAUAUCAGCCACCGGGGACCGGCCAAGCAGGAGGAGGUGGAUGUAGAGGAGGAGGUGUGGGCCAUCACUUACCAAGCAACGACAUGAUUAUGAGCCACCCUGGCAGUACCAUCAAGGAGUGUGACAUCGAAACAGUGAUUCGGCUGGAGGAAGAGGAGCCUCAUGCCCAGCAACAUUCCCACCACCACCCGGAGGAGGAGGAGGACCAUCAGUUUGAUCUGGGCAUUAUGGACCACGAAAGCAACCAGAGAGUGAUCAUCAACAUUGCCGGGCUCAGGUUCGAAACCCAGUUGUCAACCCUCAACCAGUUCCCGGAUACUUUGCUAGGUGACCCAGAAAAGAGAAUGAGGUUCUUCGACCCACUGAGGAACGAGUACUUUUUCGAUCGCAACAGACCCAGCUUUGACGGCAUCCUCUACUUUUAUCAGUCUGGGGGCAAAAUUAGGCGCCCGGUCAACGUUUCUAUCGACGUGUUUGCUGAUGAGAUCCGCUUUUAUGAGCUGGGGGAAGAGGCCAUGGAGAGAUUCAGGGAGGAUGAGGGUUUCAUCAAAGACGAGGAGAAGCCCCUUCCUUGCAAUGAGUUCCAACGCCAGGUAUGGCUAAUCUUUGAGUAUCCUGAGAGCUCUAGUUCUGCCAGAGGAAUAGCCAUAGUGUCUGUGUUGGUCAUUCUAAUCUCCAUUAUCACUUUCUGCCUGGAGACCUUGCCCGAGUUCAGGGACGAGAAUGAGCUACCCCCAGCGCUGUCCAAGGUGCUGAAUGAUACUCAGGAGCACCCUUCCCCACCCAGUGGCCUCACGGACCCAUUCUUCAUUAUAGAGACAACUUGUGUCAUCUGGUUCACCUUUGAGCUCCUAGUCAGAUUCUUUGCCUGUCCCAGCAAAUCUGACUUCUCUAAAAAUAUCAUGAACAUCAUUGACAUUGUGGCCAUCAUACCUUACUUUAUCACCUUAGGAACAGAGCUGGCCCAGCAUCAGACUAACAAUGGGCAGCAGGCUAUGUCUUUGGCCAUACUGAGGGUUAUUCGCUUAGUUAGAGUCUUCAGGAUAUUUAAACUCUCCAGGCAUUCCAAGGGACUCCAGAUUUUGGGGCAAACACUGAAAGCUAGCAUGAGGGAACUGGGAUUGCUAAUAUUUUUCCUCUUCAUUGGAGUUAUCCUUUUUUCCAGCGCAGUUUAUUUUGCCGAGGCUGAUGACCCAGAAUCUCAUUUCUCGAGUAUCCCAGAUGCUUUCUGGUGGGCUGUAGUCACUAUGACUACAGUUGGGUAUGGAGACAUGAGGCCAGUGACUGUUGGGGGUAAAAUCGUGGGGUCCUUGUGUGCCAUUGCUGGUGUGCUCACCAUUGCUUUGCCAGUCCCUGUCAUUGUCUCUAACUUUAACUAUUUCUACCACCGAGAAACGGACCAUGAGGAACAAGUGAUGCUCAAAGAGGAGUCCAGCAGUCGCCAGGGGAGCUGUGCUGGAGACCUCAAAAGAAGUCCAAGCAGAGCCUCUCUCAGCAAGUCUGUACACUUGGAAAACAUUGAAGGCAUCAAUAAUGGCACUGGUUCCUUAGAAAAAACUAACCUCAAAGCCAAGAGCAACGUAGACCUCAGAAAGUCCCUCUAUGCGCUUUGCCUGGACACCAAUAGGGAAACAGAUCUGUAAACCAACUCCCCCUUACCAAUAUAGAAACUAAAACUGAACAAGGGUUCCUAAACUUUAAUAUAGAGAAUUAUUGUCCUCUGAAGGUAGCGAGUGAACAGUAUUUGCUGUUGGAACACAUUUUGUUACUAUUUUUUCAGUAUUUCAGGUCAUGAAUAUAUUUUAUAACUGUUAUGAGUCUGGAGAGGGACAGGUUUAUUCCUUACAGGAAUGCAGAAUGUUUAUUUUUUAAUGCUGGGCAAAAAAAAAAAAAAGUUUUAAAGAAAAAAUUGUAGGUAGAUUCAGAAUGGAAACAUUAUACAGUAUACUUUUAUAUAAGGAAAAUAUUUCUGAAAGGAAAAAAAAGGUCACUUCUGUGCACUCCUGCAAAAUAUACCGGAAAAAAUAUUUUAACGGAUGCUGAAUUUUACAUUUUUUUUGUACUGUACUUUCAUGAUAAUGUUCUGUGAAAAUAUUUCCUUACCGAUAUGAACAAAUAUUCUGAAAUUACACUACUUGUGAACAAUGUUCUGUUUUUUUUUUAUAGUACGUGCAGUGAAUUUGGUGCUCUUGAAUUUAGCAGGAAAUAUUUUUUUUUCUCCGAGAAAAUAUUGUACGGUUAUAAAUAUAUAUAUAUAUAUAUAUAAAUAUAUGUGAGCCUUAAUUUAUUAACAAUAUAUUUCUUUACAAAAUGUUUUAUUAAAAUUUGAUGUUACAGAAA